ACUGGCCAAUAUCUUCACUCGCCGCUCAGCAUAAAUCGGCCGCGUUCUCAUGAUCUAGAGCCUUGGAUUCGUGACCCAUUCUUCUAUCUUCAUGGAUGACAUGUGGGGGGACGUUCAGGACGAAGAGGAUUCCCUUCAUAAGAUUCAAUCAGUCUCCAAGUCAUGGAACCAACUGCCACCAUCUGAGGGGCAGUCAGUCUCUUAUUUAGAGCGGGCAAAGCUGCAAGGACGACUCGGGUCUCUGGGGAAAGAGAUUACUUCUGUGGAUGCAUCUAUAGCCGAGCUCGAGAAAGUCAGGAAUUCGCUGAUACAGGAGCGGCAGAAAGUGCAACAGAAGCUUGAGUUGCUGCUUACCAAUAGGCAGGCACCUAUUGCAAGGUCGAUGGCCAAUAGUCUCGAUUCGGGGUCAACCCAACCUCUCAUUGAUUACUCUGGCGAAUUCGAGUGGGACGAAGACAUGAAAUCGAAGAUGACCCAAAUAUUUGGAAUACCCUCCUUUCGUUUGUGUCAGCAAGGAGUCUGUAACGCAAGUCUUGACGGAAGAGAUAUUGUGUGUGUUAUGCCCACUGGGGGUGGUAAGAGUUUAACCUAUCAGCUCCCUGCUAUCAUAAGUCAAGGUUGCACGCUCGUCAUUUCUCCCCUCAUAUCGUUGAUCACGGACCAGAUAUUGCACUUGCAGAGCGCCGGGAUUCAAGCCGUGAUGCUUACAGGCUCUACCCCCAAAGAGGAGGUCAGAUCUAUCACGGCUCGUCUCAACGCUGCUGCAAGGAGUCCCGUAUCCAGUUCUGCCGAUAUGGAGAUCAAGUUGUGUUAUGUGACCCCAGAGAAGGUGGCGAAAUCAAAAACUUUCGUAUCCAUGUUGGAAAAACUUGCGGUUGCAGGGAAGUUAGCUCGCAUCAUCAUCGACGAAGCCCAUUGCGUUUCUCAACUUGGCCACGACUUCAGACCUGACUACAAGAAACUCUCCAUUCUUCGGCAGCUUCUACCCCAUGUACCUAUCUUAGCGUUGUCAGCUACGUGUCCACCAAGAGUUCUGAAAGAUCUGUUACUUAUUCUACGCUUGAAACCGGCGGUGAAUGGAAAUGCUGCUACACCUGAGGGGACUGUGUAUUUCAGCGCGCCGCUUUAUCGGAAGAACUUACAUUACUCUGUUUCGCCGAAACCGGCAUCGGCAACAGCUGUUAUCCAAAGCAUAACUGAUUAUAUUUUAGAAAAGCACAAGGACGACAGCGGAAUAAUAUAUUGUCUCAGUAAGAAGGAUACGGAGACAGUUGCACAAGGCAUAAUAGAUGCAUCCAACGGCCAGAUUAAGAUUGGGGUAUAUCAUAGUGACGUCCCUGACGCACAGAAAGAACGACUCCAUGUGAAAUGGCGAGCCGGAGAUAUCCAAGUGGUGUGUGCUACCAUUGCUUUCGGCUUGGGAAUUGACAAGUCGAACGUUCGGUUUGUGAUACACCACUCGAUAUCGAAGAGCCUCGACGGUUACUAUCAAGAAAGCGGGCGCGCUGGUCGCGAUGGCAGCGAUGCAGAUUGUGUCCUUUACUACAGAGGACAAGAUGCGACCCGUCUCAGUUCAUUGACCUGUGGAGAACUGGAGGGCCAGGACAAACUUUACGAGAUGCUUCGCUUUGCUCAGGAGUACGUGGAGUGCCGCAAGAUUCACUUCGCGAAUUACUUCUCGACCUCUUCGUCCUUGGCUUUGUCGUCAUGGUCCGACACUAUGUCUGAUGGCUCGCUGAGCCGGUGUGGUCAUUGCGAUAACUGCUCCAGAUCUCCUGAGUCUAUCAUGACUCAGGAUGUCACAAGAGAAUGCUGGAAAAUCCUCAAGAUCUCCGAUCACAUUGCCCGCGAAAGAGGGCGGGUAACUGUGGGGAUGCUCAGUGACCUUGUGCGGGGUGUGGGCAGUGGUGACUACACGGUCACCUCGUCCAAAGGAGGGGGCAAAAGUUCAGCGAAACCGAAGACGAGGCUUGACCUCGAUGAGGCUAUCGGAGGCAAGGUCACAAUGCCGAAAGACGAUGUCGAAGCGCUCAUCAUCCGCCUGCUCUUAACCAAGUACCUUAAAGAAGAGUUCUCCUCCACUGCUUAUUCGAUCAACGUCUAUGUGACUCCAGGACCACAGGCGCUGCGACUUACCCGUCUCUCUUCCGAUCAAGUUUCUCGAGGUGAAGGUCCUCGUAUUUCCUGCACUUUCCUUGUCAAAUCAAAACAGCGGCGAACGUCGUCGAAACCGUCGACGAAUAAACGAAAAAAAUCCUUCAGCGAGGCGGUUGGUCUGGAAGAUGGAGCCGAAAGCGAUGACUGCGUUUCAAAAAGCAACAUGGAUGCUGCUCUCCGGAUGUCGGCCUCCCGAAAGGCGCGCUCACGUCAAAAUCCCCGACUGGCGAGCUCGAAAGACACUAAUUCAUUGCGAAAUGAUCUGCUACGCCGGUCUCAGUCCCCCAGUUUUUCUCCAAGUGGUAUGAAGGACGGGCGGUCUGCAUCCUCGGAAGCCGAUGGCUGUGAUUCGAAUGAUUGGGAAUUCACUCUCACCACGAAGCGGAAACCAUCCAAGGUACUAGGAAACACUCGCAAAAAAACCAAAACUUCCAGAACUUCCUCGUCUGCUGAGGUUGUUGUGCUAUCUUCAUCAGAAUGAUAAUCGAGGGACCAAAAUCACGCUGAACAUUAAUCAAGUUAACCGAUGCGAUCUUGACCAUUUCAAAAUUUCCCUUUGAAAGUCGAGCAAGAAAUGCAAAAUGAUGGCGCAUUCCCAUCUGACACAUGAGGAACCCGUUAAUCGUCCUCAGAUUCUGGCGUAGCUUCGGGAGUUGAGGACAUCGUGCUAUGAUCGGAAGAUUCCGCUUCUGACUCGUCUUGUUCCUCGGAUGUUACGAGCAAUUCAGGCUGGUCCGGCAACCUCUUGAAUGCAUAUUUGCACACUUUAAAGCCUUGCAAUCCCUGUUCCGUCCAGGCCU